GGGGGGUCGGGGGGGGGUCGGACACCCCAUAAUUGCCCCCAUUUCCCCCCCGCAGGUGGGGCAGGCGGCCUACUCGGCCUCCAAGGGCGGCAUCGUGGGCAUGACGCUGCCCAUCGCCCGCGACCUCGCGCCCCUGGGGAUCCGCGUGGUCACCAUCGCCCCAGGGUUGUUCUCCACCCCUCUGCUGGCCGGUUUGCCCGAGCGGGUGCGGAGCUUUUUGGGGCAGCAGGUGCCCUUCCCCUCCCGCCUGGGGCACCCCGGGGAAUUCGCCCACCUGGUGCAGGCGCUGGCCGAGAACCCGAUGAUCAACGGGGAGGUGGUGAGGCUGGACGGGGCCCUGCGCAUGCAGCCCUGAAGGCCCCCCCCCCCCAAAAAAAAAUUGGGGGCCCCCCCCGGAAAAUUGGGGAUCCCCCCCGGAACUUUGGGGAUCCCCCCUUGGAACUUUGGGGAUCCCUCCUUGGAACUUUGGGGACCCCCCUUGGAACUUGGGGGAUCCCCCUGGAAAUUGGGGACCCCCCUGGAGAAUUGGGGGCUCCCCCUGAA